AUGCUGUGCUACGGUGCGAUUCUGCUGUUUGCUGGUUUCGCGAUCACUGCAGAAGAUGAUAUGCAAACGAUCACCCAUAUGAUGCAAUUGUUAAAAUCUGAUAAAGAAUUAGAUUUAGUGCCUCCCGUUAAAGUGUACAAGGGCAUCCUGAAUCCAAAAUGCGUAAGCUAUUACCACCGUCUGUAUAUCACAAAGUACGUCCCACCACGUACCUACCACUAUUACCACGAAGCUGUUGCACCAGGAACCGUACCCUAUGAAGAUGUGAUGAGAGAAGGAAAUCUCGAACGGAGUCUGGCCAAGCCCUACACAAUAUGCGCGCAUUAUACACACCCAAUGUGGAACCUGUCUCGACUACACUCCCACGAUUAUGACUACCAGCUCGUGUUACUGGAUACGGCCGUUCCCGUGACGUCAUCGAGUCGGCCUAUAGCCAUCGGGAAUCUACAGGACGUGAAACCGGGGAUCAUGAUCGGUAUUAGUGGAUGGGGACAUGUUACUUAUAGCAAGAAAAGUCGUAUGCAAGACCUCUUACGGCGCACUUACGUACCAAUAAUGGCGGACGAUGUAUGCAGACAAAUGCCGGACGGGAACUAUGACAAAAUAACACCGAGGAUGUUCUGCGCCGGUUACGUCAACGGCACGAAGGACUCUUGUCAGGGUGACUCAGGCGGUCCAGCUGUAAUCAACGGUAAACUAGUAGGACUUGUAUCCUACGGAGUUGGUUGUGCUGGAGUUCGACACCCGGGCGUGUACAGCCUUUUACCAGUCGCAAGACGUUGGAUCCGAAUAAUUACUGGUCUACCUUUAUAG